AUGGAAGCUAUUCGCUUAGUCAUAACACUUGUAUCAUUAUCCUUUCUUCUUCAAACCUUUGUUAAUGGAUAUUCUUCAAAUGAUAUUAAACACUGGUGUAGCCAAACACCAAAUCCUCAACCAUGUGAGUAUUUCUUGAGCAAUAACCCUAAUCACCAAAACAAACCCAUCAACCAUAAAUCUGAUUUUCUCAAGCUUUCAUUGCAACUUGCCCAAGAAAGAGCACUCAUAGGCCAUGCAAACACUGUUUCACUUGGCACAAAGUGCCGUAACCAACUUGAAAGAGUUGCAUGGAAUGAUUGUGUUGACCUCUAUCAACAAACCAUUCAUAAACUCAACAAAACCCUAGACCCUAACACCAAAUGCUCCCAAGUUGAUGCUCAAACAUGGCUUAGCACUGCUCUCACAAACCUUGAGACAUGCAAAGCUGGCUUCUAUGAACUUGGUGUUCAAGACUAUGUCCUUCCUCUAAUGUCCAACAAUGUUACUCAGUUGCUAAGUAACACUUUGGCUCUUAACAACAAUGGUGAAUCUCAUCAAGAGCCAAGUUACAAAAAUGGAUUCCCAACAUGGGUCAAGCCAGGUGAUAGAAAGUUGUUGCAAGCAUCUUCUCCGGCAUCUCAAGCGAAUGUAGUGGUGGCCAAAGACGGAUCCGGAAAAUACACAACAGUUAUGGCAGCCAUAAACGGAGCACCAAAGAGUAACAGUGGAAGGUAUGUGAUAUAUGUGAAGGGUGGGAUAUACAACGAGCAAGUAGAGAUAAAGGCAAAUAACAUAAUGUUGGUGGGAGAUGGUAUUGGAAAAACCAUAAUCACCGGCACCCAAAGUGUUGGAGGAGGCACCACAACUUUCCGAUCCGCCACUGUUGCUGUUACUGGAGAUGGAUUUAUUGCUCAAGGAAUCACAUUUAGAAACACAGCAGGUGCAGGAAAUCAUCAAGCUGUUGCAUUGCGUUCUGGAUCUGACUUAUCAGUUUUCUAUCAAUGCAGUUUCGAAGGUUAUCAAGAUACAUUAUAUGCUUACUCUGACAGACAAUUCUACAGAGAAUGUGACAUUUAUGGCACUGUUGACUUUAUCUUUGGUAACGCUGCUGUUGUCUUCCAAAACUGUAACAUAUAUGCAAGAAACCCUCCAAACAAAAUCAACACCAUCACUGCAAAUGGCAGAACUGAUCCAAACCAAAACACUGGUAUUUCCAUUCUCAAUUGUGUGGUUACAGCUGCAUCAGAUUUGAAAGCAGUGCAAAGCUCAGUGAAGACAUAUCUUGGAAGGCCUUGGAAGGAAUACUCAAGAACUGUGUUCAUGAAGAGUUCUCUUGACAGCUUGAUUGAUCCAGCAGGUUGGUUGGAAUGGAAUGGUAACUUUGCAUUAAGCACGUUGUAUUAUGGAGAGUACAUGAACACUGGACUUGGAUCUUCAACUGCAAACAGAGUUAAAUGGGGAGGUUAUCAUGUUAUUACCAAUGCUGCUGAAGCUUCAAAAUUCAGUGUUGCAAAUUUCAUUGCUGGAAACUCAUGGCUACCUUCCACACGUGUGCCUUUUACAUCCAAUCUUUAA